ACUUGUCUCAUGCAUCCAACCUGUGUAGCCCAGUAUUGUACUCUUGUGUUCCUGGAAAUGUUUUGAUAAAAUAUAAUUCAAUUUCCCCUAUCAUAUAGCCUUAGUAUCAUAAAUCUCUUAAAUCAAGCUACACCUUAACUAGGAUAAUUUAAAAUAUUCUAGAAGAGAAUGCUACUCCAUUUUACUUGGAGCUAAAGUUCUUUUACAGUUCUCUAAGGGACACACUGAUAACACUGUAAAUGUUAGAAGUGCUAUCACUUGAAAUACCGAGCUGUGUUGGAGGGGGCGUGGAAUUGCCAGGAACAGAGAGCCAAGAAUAGUAUAGACCUGUGAAAAACUCAAUUAAGACAGUUCUUGGCUUUUUCUGGGCUCUGUGAGACAGACACAGAGUAGAAAUCACUCUCAGUUUGAAUCUAAAUUACUUUUACCUGAUUUCCCCUAGGGGUUUGGGAGUUUCACUGGAAUGUCUCAUCAUCUAAACUAUGAUUUUUACAUUGCUAUGCUUUACCCAAAAUGUGUUGACUUUCUUUUUAGCUCUCUCUGACCAAGAACUCGUGGCCCAAAGUAUUAUCUUUAUUUUUGGUGGCUAUGAGACCACUAGCACUACUCUUUCCUUCAUUGUAUAUGAAUUGGCCACUCACCCUGAUGUCCAGCAGAAGCUGCAGGAGGAAAUUGAUGCAACUUUCCCCAAUAAGGCGCCUCCAACCUACGAUGUCCUGGCACAGAUGGAGUAUCUUGACAUGGUGGUGAAUGAGACUCUCAGAAUGUACCCAAUUGCUGUUAGAAUUGAUAGGUUCUGUAAGAAGGAUGUGGAAAUCCAUGGAGUGUCCAUUCCCAAAGGGACAACAGCGACAGUGCCAGUCUCCGUGCUUCACAGAGACCCAGAGUUCUGGCCAGAGCCUGAGGAGUUCCGUCCUGAAAGGUUCAGUAAGAAGAACAAGGACAGCAUAAAUCCUUACGUCUACCUGCCUUUUGGAACUGGACCCCGAAAUUGCAUUGGCAUGAGGUUUGCCAUCAUGAACAUGAAACUUGCUGUUGUCAGAAUCCUGCAGAACUUCUCCUUCAAACCUUGUAAAGAAACACAGAUCCCCUUGAAAAUAAACAGUCAAGGAAUUUUAAGACCGGAAAAACCCAUUGUUCUGAAGGUUGUGCUCAGAGAUGAGACCAUAAGUGGAGCUUGACUUCCCCUAAGGACCGGGAGGCUUUGUUCUUCAAAGAGCUGUGUCCCAGAAUUUCAGGGAACUUGAUUUACUUUGUGAUAAAACUCAGAAAUAAAGAUGGGCUUCACUUAUUGCACUUGCUGGA